AUGUCUGAUCAGGCUGAUGAUUUUCAACAACAUACAGGAUAUUCGGAAACUAUUGUAGAAGAAGAAUUGUUUCACUUUGAUGAUUCUGAUGAUUUUCAACAUCAUACCCACAGUUCUUCUACCUCCUCCUCCAACAAUAGAUCAAUAGAUAUUGAACCACAAUCUCCAAUGUUAGAAGAAGUUAUUAUUGAUAAUGUAAAACAAGUCGAUGAGAGUGAAGAAUGUUUUGGUGGAAAAGGAACAGAAGACGGUCAAUUUUCCAGCCCAACCGAUAUCGCCAUAGAUCCGAGUGAUAAUAUCAUAAUUUGUGAUAAUGAGAACAAUCGUGUUCAAAUAUUCGACAAGCAAGGAAAGUUUUUGAGAAAGUUCUCAGUGCCUAAACCAUACGGUGUCACUUUUGAUGCCAAGGAGGGUGUAAUCCUUGUUACUAGUGAUGAUCAUUGUGUGUAUGCCUUUGAUAAGUCUGGAACUGAGGUUGGAAAGUUUGGUUCAAAGGGAGCAGAGUAUGGUCAUUUCAGUUAUCCAACUGGUAUUAUUGUUUCAGAGACCAAGUCUCAAAUACCUGGUAAAAUUAUUGUAUGUGACCAUCAUAAUCACAGAAUUCAAAUGUUUGACAAGUAUGGCUCAUUCCUCAAAUCCUUUGGAACUAAUGGUACUAAUCCAGAAAUGGAAGGAGGUUAUUUCUAUGGACCUAACAGUUUGGAUAUUGACAUUGAUGGUAAUUUGGUAAUCACUGAUAGAUACAAUUGUAGAGUCCAAGUUUUUACAUUGGAUGGUACCUUUGUUAGAAAAUUCUCUGUCAAGAAACAAGAAAAUUCUGAAUGUGAUCCAACUGGUAUUUGUUGUUUGAAGAAAAAUAUUGGUCUCAAUUAUGCAGCCAUUUGCGAUUAUGCAAAUAAUAGAAUUCAAAUUUGGAACUUGAGAGAGGGUGCAAUUAUCAAACAAUUUGGAUGUUAUGGUUCUGAAGAUGGACAAUUCGAUGGACCUAAUGGAGUUUCAAUCACAAGUGAAGGUCAUCUCGUUGUAGUAGAUUAUCACAAUCAUCGUGUACAAAUAUUUAAAUAA